GCCAGGGUGGCUGAAGGGCUGGGACGGUCCCUUCUUCUCCACGCGGUGAAGAGACAGGUCGCCCUACGGAGCUUUUGCUGAACGAUGCCGGGAAAACUCCUUAGUGACGCGGAUUUGGGAUCAGACACGACCGUGGAAAAACUGGAAAUGCCGCGAAAGCAAACUGAGAAGAAAGGCAGAAAAGGGAAGACAAAAUCUAAUACUGAAGAGGCAACAGAAGUAAAGGAAGAAACUAUUUCCCCCAAAGCUAAAAAAGUUAAAAAGAAAGCUGUACCUUCUGAGGGUGACAUGACUUCUCCUAAAUCCAAAAAGGCAAAAAAAGAGGAGCCAUCUCAAGAUGACAUCAUUUCUCCUAAAACCAAAAGUGUGAAAAAACCAAAGGAGCCCUUAGAAAAUAAAGUUGUUUCUCCUAAAACCAAAAAAGUAGUAAAAAAUGAGGUGCCUUCUGAAGAACUUGGUGCUCCUAAGCCCAAGAAGAUGAAGAAAGAAAAGGAAAUGAAUGGAGAAAUUGGGGAGAAGAGCCCCAAACUGAAGAAUGGAUUCCCUCAUUCUGAAUCUGUCUCUAACUCCAAUGAAACUGCCAGUGAAGAAAGUAACAGUGAGUUAGAGCAGGAAAUGUCUGUGGAACAAAAAGAAGGAGCUUUCUCUAAUUUUCCCAUAUCUGAAGAGACUGUCAAACUUCUCAAAGCCCGUGGGGUGACCUUCCUGUUUCCUAUACAAGCAAAGACAUUUCACCAUGUCUAUAGUGGGAAGGACUUAAUUGCACAGGCACGGACAGGAACUGGGAAGACGUUCUCCUUUGCCAUUCCGUUGAUUGAGAAGCUUCAGGGAGAAAUGCAGGACCGGAAGAGAGGCCGUGCCCCUCAGGUACUGGUUCUUGCACCUACAAGGGAGUUGGCAAAUCAAGUAAGCAGAGACUUCAGUGACAUCACAAAAAAACUGGCAGUGGCUUGUUUUUAUGGUGGAACUCCCUAUAGAGGUCAAAUUGAACGCAUGCGGAAUGGGAUUGAUAUACUGGUUGGGACUCCAGGUCGUAUUAAAGAUCACCUGCAGAAUGGCAAACUAGAUCUCACCAAACUUAAGCAUGUUGUCCUGGAUGAAGUUGACCAGAUGUUGGAUAUGGGAUUUGCUGAUCAAGUGGAAGAGAUUUUAUGUGUGGCAUAUAAGAAAGAUUCAGAAGACAAUCCCCAAACACUGCUUUUUUCUGCAACUUGCCCUCAUUGGGUAUAUAAUGUUGCUAAGAAAUACAUGAAAUCUACAUAUGAGCAGGUGGACCUGAUUGGUAAAAAGACUCAGAAAACGGCAAUAACUGUGGAGCAUCUGGCUAUCAAGUGCCACUGGACUCAGAGGGCAGCAGUUAUUGGGGACGUGAUCAGAGUGUAUAGUGGUUACCAUGGGCGCACUAUCAUCUUCUGCGAGACCAAGAAAGAAGCCCAGGAACUGUCACAGAAUGUGUCCAUAAAGCAGGAUGCCCAGUCAUUACAUGGAGACAUUCCUCAGAAGCAAAGGGAAAUCACUCUGAAAGGUUUUAGAAAUGGUAAUUUUGGAGUUCUGGUUGCAACCAAUGUUGCUGCACGUGGGUUAGACAUUCCUGAGGUUGAUCUAGUUGUACAAAGUUCUCCACCAAAGGAUGUGGAGUCCUACAUCCAUCGCUCUGGACGAACAGGUAGAGCUGGAAGGACGGGGAUUUGCAUUUGCUUUUAUCAGCACAAGGAAGAAUACCAAUUAGUACAAGUGGAGCAAAAAGCGGGAAUUAAAUUUAAACGAAUAGGUGUUCCUUCUGCAACAGAAAUAAUAAAAGCUUCCAGCAAAGAUGCCAUCAGGCUUUUGGAUUCAGUGCCUCCCACUGCCAUUGGUCACUUCAAACAGUCAGCCGAGAAACUGAUAGAGGAAAAGGGAGCUGUGGAAGCGCUGGCAGCGGCACUGGCCCAUAUUUCAGGGGCCACAUCAGUGGACCAGCGCUCCUUAAUCAACUCAGAUGUGGGCUUUGUGACCAUGAUCUUGAAGUGCUCAAUUGAAAUGCCAAACAUUAGUUAUGCUUGGAAAGAACUUAAAGAGCAACUGGGUGAGGAAAUUGAUUCCAAAGUGAAGGGAAUGGUGUUUCUCAAAGGAAAGCAGGGUGUUUGCUUCGAUGUGCCCACUGCAGCAGUGCCAGAAAUACAGGAAAAAUGGCAUGAUUCACGGCGCUGGCAGCUCUCUGUGGCCACAGAGCAACCAGAGCUGGAAGGACCGCGGGAAGGAUACCGAGGCUUCAGGGGACAGCGGGAAAGCAGCCGAGGCUUCAGGGGACAGCGGGAUGGAAACAGAAGCUCCAGGGGACAGCGAGAAAGAAAUAGAAGCUUCAGAGGACAGCGAUCAAGUGGUGGCAACAAAAAUAACAGAUCCCAAAACAGAGGCCAGAAACGGAGUUUUAGUAAAGCAUUUCGUCAGUAAUUUAGAGGAUUUAUAUGGCCAAAACAAUUGUGUUUGUCAACAUUGAACUGAAUAUUAGUUUUAAUACAAAAUUAAAAGCACAGUGUAUUUCCUUCCUGACCACUUGCCCCAGUACCCAUCUCUUCCAGAGGAAGAAGUUUAAUCUGAAUUAUUUCAUAUGAUGAUUACCAUUUCUAACUUUACUGCUACUUCUGUAUCAGGUUUUCCUUUUGAAAAGAUGUGUGAAUUCAUUACAUUUUUAUUCUAAUGUAUUAUCUAUAGAUUACAAGGUAAAAUCAAGCAUGUAUCUGCCUAUACUUUUUAAAAGUGACCUGUCUUUAUACUUAGAAGUCUCUUAAUAGUGUCCUUCCCUAAAUUUCUAUGGGGAAUGCAACAGUCCUUGGAGAAGCACUUUGAGUAGCCGCAGCUUUGCUGUGUAAUUGCUGUUCCUCAGCUGUCUGCCUAACAGUGGUCUUAUGUUGAGAAUUAAUACUGAGCAAUGUUUUGAAAAAAGAUUUCAAAGUUAGCUAGGAUGUAACAGUUUAUGCUAGCAUAUGAUCUCGUUUAAAGGAUGGUGAUGCAUUUGGUAGGAGACAUUAUAUAGAUUAGCCAUUGUGUGCAUUUUUAUACAUUUUUAGCUUCUCAGUAUAAGGUGAUUCAUGCUUCAGUGAAUUCUUCACAGAUUUUAUCUGUCUAUGUAUGUGUGUGUAUAUAUAAAGAAAUAUUUUAGAAAGGAAGUAUCCCUGAGGAAUUCCAAACAGGUAAGAUGGCCCCAUAGCUUUCUUCAUAAGGAAGGAGGCUGGAUAAAUGGUGCUUGAUGAUAAUGUAUUCCACUUCCUAUUGGAAGAUUAACAUUAUUUACCAAGAAGGAAUUAAGGGAGUAGGGGCCAGAGAUUUGCAUUGCUGAGUCAAAAAACCCACUGAAAAUAUUUUUCACAUGCAAGAAGGAAACCGUUUGUAUCUGUUGAGGGCAAAAAGAAGAACCAGGAAUGAUAUAUGCUAAAGCAUUUUUUUUUUAAACUAAGGUAUCAUUAAUAAACGAUCUUACAAAGUUUUCACAGGAACAACGUGGUUUCAGCAUUCACCCAUCCCCCACUCCCACCCCCACUAUUGCAGUCACUUGUCUAUCAGUGUAGUAAGAUGCUAUAGAGUCACUAGUCUUCUCUGUGCUGUAUUGCCUUCCCCAAGACCUACAUAUAUUGUGAUUGCUAAUUAAAGUGCCCCUUAAUUCCCUUCUGCCUUUCUCCCCUUCCCUUGGUUACCACUAGUCCCUUGGAGUCAGUGAGUCUGCUGCUGUUUGGUUCCUAAGGUUUUGCCUUGUUGUUAUAUGCUACAAAUGAGUGAAAUCAUUUGGUACUUGUCUUUCUCUGCCUGGUUUAUUUCAGUGAGCAUCGUACCCUCUAGCUCCAUCCAUGUUGUUGCAAAAUGGUAGGAUUUGUUUUCUUAAGGCUGAAUAAUACUCCAUUGUGUAUAUGUACCACAUCUUUGUCCAUUCAUCUGUUGAUGGACACUUAGGUUGCUUCCAUAUCUUGGCUAUUGUAAACAUUGCUGUGGUAAAACUGGGGUGCAUAUACUAAAGCAUUCUUUUAAUGAUGAAAACUGAAUGGGUUAUUAGUGUUUCUAGAGGUUAACUUCUGAUGUGCAGACUGGGAUUUUUAGGUAGAAUGAUGCAAAUUAGUUUCUCAAAGGCCUAGUUCCUAUAGCAGCAACGUAGGAUCUGUUUCUAGUAGACUGCUAUUCUAUUGAAAGGUUUUGGCUGCUUAGGGACUUCAUCUGAAGACAGACUGUACGUGGUUAUUUUAAGUUGUUGCUUUGAGAGAACUGAAGAACUUAAUAUAGUAGCCCUGGCCAGAUAACUCUGAGUUCUCAAAUACUUCUCUGGGAAACUUUCUGCAUGGUGCAGGAGCUCAAGUGUGGCGUUGUCUUCUCACCUUAACUCCUAGAAAUUCUGUACUGAGAAUCUCAGGGAAUAAACAUGCUAGAAGUUAAAAUACAUGGCCUGUCUUGUUCUCAUUUAAUUAUUUUGAACAACUGAAAUCUUUCUUGGCCCUGGUUUCUUUUCCUUGAUUAGGUUUUUAUAUCUAAUUUUCUUCACCUAAUCACUUUACAGUAAGAGACUCAGAUAGCCAACUCAACUCUGACUCUUGAGUCAAUGUCCUUUUUCUAUUCAGACUUCAGUUCUAUCCUUGAAUCCUGACACAAUGUUUCUGUGUUCUCAGAAAUUUUCUUGGCUUUUAUUCCCUGAUGCACUUGACAGUUUUAUUUUUUUUCCUACUCAAUGGCUUCCCAUUGAGCCACAGGGAUUUAGGGAAAGAUACUUGACAGACAACUCAUGUGCCUUGUGGAUUUCAAUUUAUUCUACUCCAGUUUUGCUCAAAUACUGAGCUUACUUAGUAACCAAAAUAUUGCACAGUUUGGAUAGGAAUGGGUACCUUUUGAAGCAGGUUAAAAGGAUGCUAUCAGUCCUUCAGGAAGGAACAGCUAAAACCUUGAUAUGGGUUAGCCUAAUGAAAAAUAAUUGGGCAUAAAUCAAGAGUAAGGAGGAAGAUGAAUGGAAUUUCACUUUAACGUUAUUUUAAAGAAAAUGUGGCUGUUUUAAUAAGUGAAGCUAAAGUUUCUUCUGGAUCCUGGACUUCAAACCAUAUAAUUAGCCACUGUUUGGCUUAUUGGACUAGCCUGAGAAAUGCUAUCCUUUUUACUAUUUUCUACAGAGAAAAUAUUUUCCAAUCAAAUAGCUCAAUGAACUUUAAAAUACAAUCCACUUUUAUGUUGGAGCUUCUGUGCUGCAGUUUUCUUUACAGUUGUAUAUAAAAUGUUUUUACUGUAAUGAGUUAAUGUGUAAAAUACUGCUUUAUGCAAUAAUAAAGAUAUUAGUACUUAU